AGCGUCUCACCAGCCAGGAUGACUGGAGGAGUUAGGCUGCAGUGUUAGGGGAGAGUGUGUGUGUGUGUUUGUUUGUGUGUGAGUGUGUCUGGGCGGACUCCUGCUGUAAUGCUGCCCCAUGUGUGACUGUGCUGACCACGACAGCCAUCCUGUUCACAGCGGAGACUUUCUCAGCAUGCAGAUGGUGUGUGAGCAGCCAGGGGAAAAGUUAGUAAGAGCUCGUCUGAGCCUCAACUAACACAGUCCACUGUGCACACACUGAGUUUGUUCAGUGGAUCAGCAGCAGCAGCAGCAGCAGCAGCAGAGUCUCAGCCCAGGAUCUCUGUUGAUGUGGAUUGACUACCUGUCACUGGGUUGGAUACAAUAGGUGUGCAUCACCACACGUCAGAGCUGAGGGAUUCAUUAAGGCUGUGUAUUUGAAAGAUAAGAGUUGCUGCAAUGGACGAGCAGUGUGUGUCCCACAGCAGUCCCCAGCGCAGUGGAGGUCAGGCCAGCACAGAGAUCCAGAGGCAGGGACGGCCGACUGUCAUCAGGUGCGGGUGGCUCAGGAAGCAAGGAGGUUUUGUCAAGACUUGGCACAGUCGCUGGUUUGUUCUGCGAGGGGACCAGCUCCACUAUUACAAAGACGAGGAGGAGACCAAGGCCCUGGGAGCCAUUUUCUUACCUGGAAACAAAGUUUCAGAGCAUCCAACCAGCGGCGAUGAAGCGGGGAAAUUUCUCUUCGAGGUCAUUCCAGGGGGAGACAAAGAGCGGAUGACAGCCAACCAUGAGACCUACCUUCUUAUGGCCAGCACCCAGAAUGACAUGGAGGAUUGGGUGAAGACGAUCCGCAGGGUCAUCUGGGCACCUUUUGGUGGAGGGAUCUUUGGUCAGAAGUUGGAGGAAACGGUGCGGUAUGAACGCCGGUUUGGGAACAAGCUGGCCCCUAUGCUGGUGGAGCAGUGUGUGGAUUUCAUCCGGCAGUGGGGCCUGCGGGAGGAGGGUCUAUUCAGGCUGCCCGGACAGGCCAACCUGGUCAAAGAGCUGCAGGACGCCUUCGACUGUGGAGAAAAACCCUCUUUUGAUUGUAACACAGAUGUGCACACAGUAGCCUCUCUACUGAAGCUGUAUCUCAGAGAGCUGCCGGAGCCCGUCGUCCCCUUCCACAAGUAUGACGACUUUCUGGCCUGCACCAAGCUCCUCGGAAAAGAUGAUGAAAUCGGUAUGAAGGAGUUGAGAAAGCUUGUGGAAAAUCUACCUCCAGUGAACUACAACCUUCUCAAGUACAUCUGCAGAUUUCUAGAUGAAGUCCAGUCGUAUUCAGGAGUGAAUAAAAUGAGCGUCCAGAACUUGGCCACAGUCUUUGGGCCAAAUAUCUUGAGGCCGAAGGUCGAGGAUCCAGUCACUAUUAUGGAAGGUACUGUUCUGGUCCAGCAGCUCAUGGCUGUUUUUAUUGGCCGCCACGACGUGCUGUUCCCUCUGGAAGAGGACAGCCCCACGGCCCUCGAGCUCGUCAACAACAACAACAUCGAGCUACAACGGCGACAAGCCAUCACCACAACUACCUCCGCCGUCACUGCGGUGUCUCAGAACGCCGAGAACAACAACACGCAGGUGGUGCGGCAGUGUGUUUGGGAAGCGCCCGAGUCUCCUUCGCACCGCCAACACGUGGACAACAGUGGCUCCCCGCGACCGGCGAGCCCUCGCAAUGGUGUCAUAGGACGCUUUGACAUCACCCGCAGUCCACCGAUGACUGUUAAAAAGAACCCGGCGUUCAGUAAAGGCAGUGGGAUCGUUACUAACGGCUCCUUCAGCUCCUCGCCGUCUUCAGACCCCAGUCAGGAAAAGAGCCAGACUUUGACUGGCGGUGGGAGUUUACCGGCGCGGCGCGGUGGGGCGCUCAAAGGCUCCGGUACAAAAAUGGGCACCAGCGGCGUGACGAGUGGAAGCGGAGGGAACGGGACUGGAGUUGUGCGCAUGGGCGUCUCCGGCACCGACGUGGUCACGGGGAGCCUGAAUGGCCGCAAUGGUCUCUGGGUACCAAACGGCUGCGUCACUUUACGCGAGAACCACAAAACGCGUGACUGCUCCCACGGGGAUCAAACAUCCAAUCAGAACCGUUUGUCCACGUAUGACAACGUCCAGUUGAACCAUCAGAACCUGCAGCAGCAGAACCACAUCACCAACACGUGUCUGAACAGUAGCAGCGAGGACAAGCAGAGCGUCGACAGCGCCACCUGGUCCACCUCCUCCUGUGAAAUCUCUCUGCCUGACAACUCCACUUCCUGUCGCUCCUCCACCACUACCUGCCCUGAGCAGGACUUCUACGGGGGUCACUAUGAAGACCUGGAGGGACCAGCACCGGACAAUGGGCCUCCCCAGUCUGGAGGAGGAGGAGGAGAAGGAGGAGGAGCGGUGGAGGGCAGGAACAGCAACGGAGAAGGAAGUGGAGGAGGAGCAGGGCGGAGCAGCCGAGGAACCAGCAGUAGUGAUAACAGUGACGUUUACACCGUUGGUAACGGACCCAGCAGUCACAGCGCUCUGCACAGUUUAGUGGCCAGUCUGAAACAGGAGAUGAACAAGCAGAAGAGCGAGUACGAGGCCAGGAUAAAGAGCUUGGAGCAGCGCAACCUGGACCUGGAAACGGAGAUGGUGGGCCUCCACGAGGAGCUGGACCAGGAGAGGAAGAAGUACACCAUGGCGGAGAUCAAGCUGCGCAACGCCGAGCGCGCCAAGGACGACGCCGAGCGGCGAAACCAGAUGCUGCAGAAAGAGAUGGAGCAGUUUUUCUCCACGUUCAGCGACCUCACCGCGACUGGCAACGCCCCAGCCGCCGACCCCCGCCGACCGGAUCGUAACAACACCAUCUGGAUACAGUGAAGUGAAGGGAGGCGGGGAAAUGUGCCAGCGAAGACUGGAAACGGUUUAUUAUAUGAUGCGAACAUUACGAGGGCUCCAAACAGGAUUUGGCUGCUGGUUUGUUGAGGGGGAGUCGGGAAGUUACAUCGCAAAAGGUUAAUGGCACGUUUUAAUUUAAGAAAUAGGAGGUGUAGGGCUAACGCAAGCCACCUGUAUAAAUGUAGACAUCACCUGGAGUGAUGCCAGACUGACAUUAUCUGUACAUACAGCGUUAUUUAAACAACUCACAGACACUCUCCAACUCAGAAACUGUGGUGGUAAUCACUCAUCGUGCUGGGAAGUGGAGCAAAGACGCAGUCUGAUGAUACACAGUACUAUUAGCAUUUUUACUUCAGCUCGUAGAGCCACAUAGGAGGGAAGGCAGCAUUUUUAAAAAGGUUGUGAAUGCCUGAAAACACAAAGACGCCUCCCUAUCUUCAUUUACUUAAAAAAAUCUAACCAAAAACAUCGUAUUGUUCCAUGUAAUUCUGUAUCUGCUCGUGUACAUAGAGGGAAACAAUGCAGAAAAAAAACACAGUGUCAUAUGUAUGUAAAAAGAAAUGGAAGUAAAUGUUUAUGUGGUAUUUAAGCAAAGUUAUCAAUGUGUGACAUUUUAUAUUAAGAUUUCUCCUUGCACUUACAUGUUUGUUUAGUCUCAGCAAGGCGGUACUGAAUGUUCUGUCGGUCCAUGUGCGUACCAUUUAAAUCGGACUAUAUAUACUGUAAAUGUGCUGGUGCUUCUGUGCUGUUUCAUUCACCCCAUGACCAAAAAAAGAGCCUGUACUGUAAAUAUUUUCUAGGUAAUCGUAGACACUAUUUGUUAGUCCGCACUGUGGUUUUGACGCGUAUUCGGGUGGAUAUGGCACGUGUUGAGUUGAUACUGAUUGAAGAAUGUUUUGUAGCUUGUAAAGAUUAAGACUUGCACGAUGGGCGAUAAAUCCCAGAUAAAAUAAAAAAUGUCUGUCGUAAAUUCUGAAUUUCAGUCGACAAAGCGUCUCUCUCCCCGUUAACAGAUGUGUAGCUGCUGUCGUUCUCCGAAUGCUCUCGGGAAUUACAGUUCACCGUCUACCUCUGAAGCACGCGAGACGCCAGUUUUAGAAAUACUCUCCUGUCGUCUUCUGACGAUUUAUCCACCUGACACAACUGGUUUUCAUCCAGAAUAACAAGCUGCAGCAACACAGAGGUGCGUUUUGUGGGUCAAAACUGUGAAGAAAUUGGAUUAUCAAGUGUGUCAAUGUUGAAGACGUCAACAGCCUAGUGGUGGCUAGAUUCAGUAGCAAGCGGUGUGUGCAUGAUGGUGCAUGAUGAGUCCAUGCAGGGUCGGUGUAUAAUAAGUGAAUGUCUGUAAAGUGACUGCAUAACGAUGAAGUCUUUAUGAGUGUAUUUAUAUAGCUUUAAGCCAAAUGUAUACACACGGUGCGGAUUUGCUGAUGGGUACAAAACAUCUGACCUGAGCUGGACUGCUGGCUACUCUUCCUCUGAAGACCAGGUCCCAUAUUAACCUGCUGCUGGUCAGUGCAGGACAUCUGGAAUGUGCACAUGGACGGGAGAAAAAAAGUGCCUGAACAACUGAAGAAGGGAGGGGGAGCAAUAGGCUUAAGCCGAGCUGACAGCGGCACCUCGUUCUGUGAAUUCCACACAAAAGAGCAGAUUACGGACACAGGGCAGGAGGGAGAGGAGGACGGGGACAGUGGAAUAUUUUCAUGACAUGAUACUUGAUACACAAAAGACUUAAUAUGAAUAAAAAUACAUUUUCA